CAAUCUCUCUUUCUCUUAUCGUCUCUUUUUAUUCUCACAUUCGUAGUGUUUUUAUUAUUUUUAUUUUUAUUAUUAUUCUUUGUUAUUUCUUUUCCGCCUUUCUUCUUUUCUUCACUCGUCUCACGAGAUGUCGUUUUUAGAGAUUUUUUAAAAAGGCACCAAAAUAUAUUAAUUCGUUCUCUCUUCGGAGAACCCUAGAUUUUGUUUCUGAAGUCUUGAUCUGCUUCGUCAAUGGAGGCCGAUUCGGAUGUGGAGAAUCAGAAUAAGAGUAAUGAAAGUAAGAAAAUUGCUGGUAAUCUUUCCAAUGAUGGUCAACAGAGCAAGCCCAAACGCCAGAUGAAGACUCCCUUUCAACUCGAAACCUUAGAGAAGGCCUAUGCUUUGGAGACAUACCCAUCGGAGGCAAUGCGAGCCCAGCUAUCUGAAAAAUUAGGCUUGUCUGAUCGGCAGCUGCAGAUGUGGUUUUGCCACAGAAGGUUGAAGGAUAAAAAGGAAAAAGAGAAUCCAUCCAAAAAAAUGAAAAAAAAUGUGGCUGCCAUAAUGCCAGAGUCUCCUCUAGAUGAGUUUAGGGCUGGGACUGAGCCUGGGAGUGAUUAUGGGUCUGGCUCGGGGUCUGGCUCAAGUCCAUAUAUGGUGGAGCUGAGGAAUGCAGCAGGGUCUUCUCAGGCUUUAAUGGAUGAUGUACCGAUAGUGAGGAGGUCUUUUGAGUCACAGCAGUCAAUAAUGGAGCUUAGAGCAAUUGCCUGUGUGGAGGCACAGUUAGGAGAGCCAUUGAGAGAGGAUGGGCCAAUACUUGGAAUGGAGUUUGAUCCCUUGCCGCCUGAUGCAUUUGGAGCGCCAAUAGCAGCUAGUGCUGAUCAGCAGAAGCGGUCUGGACAUUCUUAUGAAGGCAAAAUAUAUGAGCGACAUGAGACCAAAUCAAGCAAGGCCACAAGGGCUCUCCAUGAUUAUCAAUCUCUCCAAGACCAGCCUUAUUUUCAUGGUUCACCAGUUGAUGCUGCAAGGGCUAGAGCAUUGUUUACGCAUGGACAUGAACCUUUGUCCAGAGUUCCUGGUAUCCAAGGCCAUGCAUCUCGUGUUCGUGUUAUGUCUCAGCAAGAGAAGCCAGGACAUGUUUUUUCAUCUCCUAAUGUGGGUGAAGACUCUGUCCCACAAAGAGAAUCCUCUUCAAACAAUAGGAUAACUGCUCAGUCUGUUGCUAACCCCAUUUUUGGAACUGAAGAUCAUUAUGUAUUGUCUGAUGGCCAAACCUUCCAUAAUGAUACUGAGCUACGGGUGGACAGGAAACGCAAGAGUUUGCAAAUUGAUGAAGCUAGAAUGGGAAGGGAAGCUGAAGUUCAUGAGAUUCGGAUACGGAAAGAGCUUGAGAGACAAGAUAAUCUGAGGCGAAAGAGUGAAGAACGAAUGAGGAAAGAAAUGGAGAAGCAUGAGCGUGAAAGACGGAAGGAAGAAGAAAGAUUAAUGCGUGAAAAGCAGCGAGAAGAAGAGAGAUCCUUGCGUGAACAAAAACGUGAAAUUGAACGAAGGGAAAAGUUUUUACAGAAGGAAUACUUAAGAGCUGAAAAGAGGAGGCUAAGGGAAGAACUUCGCAUAGAAAAACAGGCAGCAAAACGUAAAGUUGCCAUUGAGAAAGCUACUGCCCGCAAAAUGGCAAAAGAGUCUAUGGAUCUUAUUGAGGAUGAGCAAUUGGAACUCAUGGAUUUGGCUGCUGCAAGCAAGGGAUUAUCCUCAAUAAUUCAUCUUGAUCUUGAUGCUUUACAAAACCUUGACUCAUUCAGAGAUUCUCUAAGUGUAUUCCCACCCAAGUCUGUGCAACUCAAACGACCAUUUGCAGUUCAGCCAUGGAGUGAUUCAGAGGAGAAUAUCGGAAAUCUUCUCAUGGUUUGGAGAUUUAUUAUCACCUUUGCUGAUGUUCUUGGGCUGUGGCCUUUUACUUUGGAUGAGUUUGUGCAAGCUUUUCACGAUUAUGAUUCAAGGUUGUUGGGUGAGAUACAUGUUGCUCUUCUCAAAUCAAUAAUAAAAGAUAUUGAAGAUGUUGCCAGGACUCCUACUGGAAUGGGAAUAAGUCAAUAUUGUGCGGCUAAUCCUGAAGGUGGACAUCCACGAAUCAUUGAAGGGGCUUAUUCUUGGGGCUUUGAUAUACGCCAUUGGCAGCGACACUUAAAUCCAUUAACUUGGCCAGAAAUAUUUCGGCAGUUAGCAUUGUCUGCUGGAUUUGGUCCACAGUUGAAGAAAAGAAGUAAUUCAUGGACCAGCUUGGGUGAAAACUAUGAGGGUAAAGGUUGUGAAGAUAUAGUUUCUACUAUUCGUAGUGGUUCAGCUGCUGAAAAUGCAUUUGCAUGGAUGCGAGAAAAAGGUCUAUUAGUUCCACGAAGAUCUAGGCAUAAAUUGACUCCUGGAACUGUCAAAUUUGCUGCUUUCCAUGUUCUUUCACUUGAAGGAAGCAAGGGAUUAACUGUGCUAGAACUUGCUUACAAGAUUCAGAAAUCUGGACUCCGUGACCUAACAACAAGCAAGACACCAGAGGCAUCGAUUUCUGUUGCUUUGACAAGGGAUACAAAGCUUUUUGAAAGAAUAGCUCCUUCAACAUAUUGUGUACGGCCUGCUUUUAGGAAGGAUCCUGCCGAUGCUGAGGCAAUACUUGCAGCAGCUAGAAAGAAAAUUCGGAUAUUUGAAAAUGGGUUUUUAGGUGCAGAAGAUGCUGAUGAUGUUGAAAGAGAUGAUGACUCGGACUGUGAUGUUGAUGAGGAUCCCGAAGUCGAAGAUUUGGCUACUCCGUCAACUGCAAACAAGAUUGUUGACCAUUAUGAUGAAGCAAAAGCUUGUUCAGGGAGUGGAAAAGACAAUAUUUGCAAUGAUGUUGCUCUGAAUGUGCAAAAUGAGGUUGACAAGGAUUUUUCAUCUUUCUCAGUGAAUGGUUCCAAGGAUGCAAGCUGUCCUAGUACCACUGCACACCAUGUAGGUGGUGAAGACUUUGGGGCUAGUAAUCUCAAUCAAGAAAAUGUUGAAAUUGAUGAAAGCAAACCUGGUGAAUCAUGGAUUCAAGGACUCACAGAGGGUGAUUACUCUCAUCUCAGUGUUGAGGAGCGACUUAAUGCCCUUGUUGCCUUAAUAGGUUUAGCAAAUGAAGGAAACUCUAUUCGAGCUGUUCUUGAGGAUCGCUUGGAAGGUGCAAAUGCUCUUAAAAAGCAAAUGUGGGCGGAGGCACAAGUAGAUAAAAGUCGUCUGAAAGAAGAUAUUAUGAGUAAAUUAGAUGUUGCUACCUCCAUGGGGGGCAAAGGGGAAACACAACCAGGUAGUUUUGCAGUUGAGGACGGCCAAAGUCCCUUGCCUGUAACUGUUGACAAUAAGAACGAGGCAUCUCCAAACCUUGCAGAAGAUCAAAAACCCUUGCUUGGUUCGCAAGGUAUUCAGAAUAAUCUUAAUGAUUUUCCUACUGAGGGGACUUUACCUGUUCAAGAUCUUUCUACAGGUCUGGAUAACCUUGCAACUCAGCAACAUGGAUAUACUUCAAAAAGAUCACGCUCACAGUUGAAGGCUUAUAUUGCACACGUAGCAGAAGAAAUGUAUGUGUACCGAUCCUUGCCUCUUGGUCAAGAUCGACGACGCAACCGAUACUGGCAGUUUGUUGCAUCUGCUUCUAGAAAUGAUCCUUGUUCUGGCAGAAUUUUUGUUGAAUUGCAUGAUGGAAAUUGGAGGCUCAUUGAUACGGAAGAGGCUUUUGAUGCUCUGCUGACUUCUUUGGAUUCACGAGGAAUCAGAGAAUCUCAUCUGCGCAUAAUGUUGCAAAAGAUUGAGACAUCCUUCAAAGAAAAUGUUAGAAGGAACUUGCAGUAUGACAUUCCCCUAGGUGGUGGAACCACCAUUAAAAAUGAAACCACUGAAAUGGAUGUUGAUUCUGAGUUUAUGAGUUCAGACAGUCCUCAGAGUGCUGUUUGUGGUUUAAGUUCUGAUUCAAAAGAAACAUCAUCUUCAUUCAGAAUCGAGCUGGGGAGAAAUGAGAUUGAGAAGAAAGCUGCCUUGGAAAGGUACCAAGAUUUUCAGCAGUGGAUGUGGAAAGAAUGUUUUAAUUCACUACCGCUAUAUGCUACAAAAAUUGGGAAGCCAAGAUGCAAACAGUUGCUGGCUAUUUGUGAUGGUUGUCUUGAUUCCUAUCUUUCUGAGGAUACUCAUUGCCCAUCUUGCCACCAGUCAUUUGGUGCAGUUGAUCACAAUUCUAAAUUUUCAGAACAUGUUGGUCAAUGUGAAGAAAAAAGCAAGCUAGGGCAAGGGUAUAUGCAUAUUUUUCACUCUUCUCUUCCGCUUGGAAUUAGAUUGCUUAAGGCCCUGUUUUCCGUAAUUGAGGUCUAUGUGCCGUCAGAAGCUUGGGAAUCAUUUUGGACAGAAGAAAGUCGAGAGACUUUAGCAAGCAAGUUGAGCAUUUCAUCAUUGGCAGACGAAGUCCUACAGAUAUUGACUUUAUGUGAGAGUGGCAUAAAGCGACAGUAUUUAUCAUCCAACUUUGAGACAACAAAAGAAUUAUUGGGCUCCACUGUUCUAUCUGCUGAUGCUGGGUCAGUUCCUAUUCUUCCGUGGGUACCAAAAACCACUGCAGCUGUUGCUCUGAGACUUUUAGACCUUGAUGCGUCAAUUAUGUACGUAAAGCCAGAGAAAGCUGAACCCUUGGAGGAUAAAGAAGUCAAAGAAUAUGUAAAGCUGCCUGCUAGAUAUUUAACUCUCAAGAAUAAAGUGGUUGACUUGAAAGAUCUGGACCAAGAUGGAAAUAUGAAAGAAGGGAAUUAUGCUAAUCUGACUAGAAAACGUAAAACCAUCAAGCGCGGGAAAAAGCGUUUUGACCAAGGUUGGGGUAGAAAGUAUCAGAGAAAAGCUCCUGGUAUGAGUAGUAACCCUGGCAGGCGAAAUGCAAGGGAAAAUGAGAAUCUAAGUAGACAGAAACAGCAGGUAGUAAAAACAAAUGGUCAGAUAGGUGGAAGGGGUCGCCGAACAGCUAGAAAGAGAGCAGAAAGGAGAUUGGAGAAUGAGACACUUCAGAGCCAAAUGGGUGCCAAGAACAGUCGAGAAUUAUUCAGAAACUUGGAUGAGGAUGAUUGGGGUGUUCGAAAGGUGGAGAUGAUAAGUAUGGGAGAUGCUGAGAACAGCAACAGUGCGGAAGCUGUAGACUCUGAUGACAAUGCCCAAGCAGAAGAAUAUGAUCAAAGAAAUUGGGAGCUUGGUUUUAAUGGUGCCCCUAAUGGUUGGAAUAGAGAUAUGAUGGAAGCAAGUGAUGAGGAUGCCGAUGUGUCUGGAGAUGAUCGUGGCAUUGAAGAGGUAGGGGAUGAAGAUUCAGAGGGAGACAUGGAUUUAAGUGAAGCCUCUGAUCAAAUGGGAAUCGAUGAUGGUGAUGGUGAAGGUGGGGAUUCUCCAGUGUCAGAAUAUAGUGAUUGAUACUGCAAAGCUGCAAAAUAUUUUUGAUAUUGUAGCUUCACUAGCGAUUUGAAUUUGUGUAUAAGAGAACAAAAGUUAUUUGACCCCUUCUUUCAGUUAAUGGGGAGUUAGAUGUAACUAAUUAGAUUGGCAUUGUUAUUCAUGUAAUUGAGGAAGUUUUCUCUUAUUUUGAUCAAUACUAGGUUCAUUUUGAUCAAUACUUCUUUCAGUUACUGUAAGUUAGCCAGCAGCAAUCUGCUCUUUUUCCAUUUA